GCAGCAGCAGGUAAAACUUAAAAGCCGCUUGUUCUGACCCAUGCCUUUUUCGCUGUUCUUUCUUUCAUUCAUUCUUUUUUAUUAAAAAAUCUCUUGUUUUUUCUCCACUUCUCUUCUGUAAUCUUCUCCACCAAAUCCUCUUCAAACACGAUUCACCUAUUUAUAUAUAUACCUGCUUGAUUGAAUCACCAAAUCACUCAUCUUUUUCAACUUUUAUUUAUUCAAUUUUGUUUGGGAUUGGAUAUUCUUACAAUUUUUCGGCUUCUUCUUCCAACAAUCAUGGCUUCUGUCUAUCUCUCUCCUCCUUCUGCUGCUCUCUGCAAUUCACAAGCUAGUAAAAACUAUGAAGCUUGGAAUGGAUUGUAUAGCACAAAGGUUAGCUUGGUUGGAGGAAUGAAAUCGAAUUUAGCCAUGUUUUGUUUAGGGAAUAAAUCAUUGCGCAAAGUCAAGGGAAAUUUUAGAACUAGGGCUGCUAUUGUUUCUGGAGAAGGUGAUUUAUUAUACUCCAACAACAAUGGUAUGUUGAACCAAAAUGCAUUUGACAAUGAUCAAUCCCUUGGAAUUGAGAGGCAAGCCGAUUCUGUAUCUAUGGGGGCACUUUCUGCGGAUACUGCACCUACAUCUGCGGGGUUUGCAGCAGAGAAUGAUGAGUGUGAUUUAGAUCGCCCAACUGAAGGUUUUUCUUCCAUUGCUGAGGCCAUUGAAGAUGUUCGUCAAGGAAAGAUGGUGAUUGUUGUUGAUGAUGAAGACAGGGAGAAUGAAGGGGAUCUGAUAAUGGCUGCAGAGUUAGCAACACCUGAGGCUAUGGCCUUUUUUGUGAAGCAUGGAACUGGGAUUGUUUGUGUCAGCAUGAAAGAAGAUGAUCUGGCAAGACUGCAGCUUCCUCUCAUGGUCAAAGAUAAUGAGGACAAACUUUGCACAGCAUUUACAGUUACAGUGGAUGCAAAACAUGGUACGACCACUGGUGUGUCAGCUCGUGAUCGGGCAACUACUGUAAAGGCCCUGGCAUCGAGGGACUCCAAGCCUGAGGACUUUAACCGCCCUGGCCAUAUCUUUCCAUUGAAGUAUAAAGAGGGUGGUGUUCUGAAGAGAGCUGGACACACUGAAGCUUCUGUUGAUUUUGCUAUGUUAGCUGGAUUAAAUCCCGUUGCAGUUAUCUGUGAGAUUGUGGAUGAUGAUGGCUCAAUGGCUAGAUUGCCUAGGCUUCGUGAAUUUGCACAGAAGGAAAACCUGAAAAUAGUCUCUAUUGCAGAUCUAAUAAGGUAUCGGAGAAAAAGAGCCCAAUUAGUUGAACGUUCUUCUGCUGCUAGGAUACCUACAAUGUGGGGUCCUUUCACAGCUUAUUGUUACAAGUCAUACCUGGAUGGCAUUGAGCAUAUUGCAAUGGUUAAGGGAGAAAUAGGAGAUGGACAAGAUAUCCUAGUGAGAGUUCAUUCAGAAUGCCUUACAGGAGAUAUAUUUGGCUCAGCUAGAUGUGACUGUGGAAACCAGCUUGCACUUGCAAUGAAGCAAAUAGAGGCUGCUGGAAGGGGAGCAUUGGUCUACCUUCGCGGGCAUGAAGGCAGGGGAAUUGGUUUGGGCCAUAAGCUUCGUGCAUAUAAUCUGCAGGAUGCUGGUCGUGAUACUGUUGAAGCCAAUGAGGAACUAGGAUUACCGGUUGACUCAAGAGAAUAUGGAAUUGGUGCACAGAUAUUAAGGGAUUUGGGAAUUAGAACAAUGAAGCUGAUGACAAACAAUCCUGCUAAAUAUAUAGGGCUGAAGGGUUAUGGUCUUGCUGUAUCUGGGAGAGUGCCACUUAUCACUCCAAUAACCAGUGAGAAUAAGAGAUAUCUGGAAACAAAGCGUAAGAAGAUGGGUCAUGUCUAUGGCCUAGACCUAAUUAGCAAUGGAAGCAGUUCGAAGACUGAAAAUGGCAAACCCAGCACAACCAGUUCACCAGAUACUGCAGUUAACUUAUAGAAUUGACUUGAUAUUCUGCCCACUAAUUUAGCAUCCAGGCAAAAUGAUUUUGGAUCCCUUCAAGCCCCUUCAUAUUCACACUCUGGAGUAAGGUUGCACCUCAUCAAAUGAUCUGCAAUGGCUUUUUAUACGUUUUUGUAUAAAUUGAGAAAGAUCUAUGAUGUUUUUGUAAUAUCAUGUCAUUUUUUUGUUCCCUUUCAAGAUGUGUAAAAUAGCUUUGAGCAAGUCUCAGGUUUGUAAUUUGUCCACCUCAUUCAAUGGAAUAAUAAUUUCUUGCCUUAAUACAUUUGGGUUUCUAA